AUGGCCUUCCCUCUCCCUGCGCAUCUCCCUCGUCAGUUAGACGUGUCCUCGCAGAUACUUGGCAAGCUUGACGAGGCAAAUGGACGCACGUUGACGUCUUCGCUGGCGUCUUCGUGGCGCACGGAAUUGGACGAGUCAAUACGCCUCACCAAGAAACGCAUUCAUGACCGCAUUGAAAGUGAUUCCGAGGCAUUUCAACGUCAGUUAACCUCAGCUCGAUCUGUGCAGUCUCGUCUACGUACUGUCGCCUCGACGUCGGAGAGUGUGAGCUCUGCCAUUUCGGACCCCAAUUCAUGCCUUGGCCCACCUCUCCUAAGCGCACUGUCUGCGCAUCAGUCUCUUACACAAGCGUCCUUGAAUGCGGAUAUCUUGCACGAUUCACUUGUACACCUGGCCGACUGCAGGCAGCAGCUUCAGGAAGUAGACGAGCAAUUAAGGCGAGGAAACCUUUCAGAAGCUGUAACCUCGUGUCAAGUCCUUUCAACCUUCUUGGAGACAGCGCCGUCGCCGUUGAGAGAGGCGUCGGUAUUGGCUAGCCUGAAGCGCGAACAUUCUGUUCGCGUCAACCGUAUUGAGGAACUCCUUAGCAACACGUAUGCUCGAUGUAUCGAAAUCACGCCCUCGGAAAUCUCAAUAAGGCCGCUUGUCUUCAUACCAAACUCCGAUGCAUCCCUUGAGAUUCCAACCCUACUCCAAUCGCUUUCUCAGAUAUCGCUCGAAACGCACCUUUCCACGUUGCGACGUGACCUGACGACACACUACUUCGACUAUCUAUCCGAGCAGCCUUCCUCGGUUACCGUGUCAGAAGACAAGGACGCAUCAGGACUACUUGUCUAUAAACUUGAACGUUUCCAUCUGCCCCCUGCGCAGGACAGCCCGUCGUCGCGACUCGAUAACCUUGCCGCUGUCAUGGAGUUCGUCAAAGCACGGAUAUUUGCACACCUCCCAGGACCUCAGGCUGAGGCAUUCCCGCGGUCGCUUAGUCGACCUUUGACGAAUGCCACGUUAAACCGGUUGGUCGUUCCUGCUCUCCCAUCUACUCUGGACGCGCUCCCUGCAUUCUUGCGAUUCACGCAAAAGGCAGUUGAGUUCGAAUCGAAGUAUAUUACGGAUCUUCUGACAGGCCAGAGCUCAACGGGCGAAGAAGAAGUCAAGAGUUGGGUGGAUGGGGUCAGCGGACACUACGAGAGGGCACGGCGGCUGUCGAUCCUUGGCGCAUCCCGCCGUGACGUCUUGGAAAGCCAGAAGAAUAAGGAGACCUUCUAUGCCGAGCUCAUCACUAUUCAGGAAGCUACCGUCAUGGUCGAUUCACCACCCCCUAUUGAGAUUGUGCAAAGCGAGGACAAUGCCGAAGGCGGGUGGGGUCUCGAUGAAGCAGAAGCAGAAGAGGACCCGCCGAGCUUGUUCCAGACUCCCAUCUCCCCAAAGUCACCAUUAGGAGACGACGGCUGGGGCUUCGAUGAUGAAGAGGCGCCUACAAGUCCAGUGCGACCUACGAAGCACGAGGCGCCGAAGGCUGAGAACAAGGAACAUGGCUGGGGAUGGCAUGAUGACGCUCCCAUGGACGAGCCACCAGAGGCCAACGGGCACGAGCCACAUGAGGUUGCAGACGAAGACCUGACGUGGGAUGAUCCGUGGGGGGACGACGCAACCGAAGAGCCAUCGCCCGAAUCCCGGCCGCCACCAGCCCCAUCAAUACCUACCUCCCAACCCAAAGUAGCAGCUGGGAUAGCAAAAGCGCGCUCGAAGCAUAAGCAGAAACCAGAAAAGGCCACCCCUGCCAACGAAAACGGUAAUGGCAAUGGUGUCCACAAUCAUUCUCCCACCCAACCCCCUUCAAAGGCGGCGCAGGCGCCUCCUCCAGUGCCCGAGAUACGUCUGCCUCAACACGUCAAGACGCGUGAGGAGCGCAAAGAGGUUAAGGAGCAGUACCUCGUUUCCGCGUUCACCAAAUCCCUCGUUAAGCAGGUUGAAGACGCGCUCAAGGAGGGCAGGACGCUGAGUCUGUCGGGCGUUUUUGCGCCCUCCGCGAGAACAUCCACCCCAGGCUCUUUGAUCAUGCAGUCCGCUUCCCUCAUCCUCGACCUGUAUCGAGCGCUGUAUCCCGUUGUCAACUCAGAAUGGAAGAUCUCGAUACGCUACUCGAACGACUGCUUCUAUCUAUCAGAGCAGGUGAAGCGGCUCGCGAAGCAGGACUUUGGUUCUCUCCUUUCGAAUAAUGUGCUGGAAGAGUCAAGUGACAAUCUGCGGUCUUUUGCGGAUAGCUUGUUCUACAAUUGCAUUGAAGCGGAACAGGAUGCCGUACGGGAGGUACUUGGAGAAGCCGAGGGCUUCACGGAAAGCGGCGAUCAAGAACGUUACGACGAUUACGAGACCACAAUUGCCCAAGUCCAGCAGAUGAUCCGUAGGCUGCCCAAUAAAUGGAAGCCUGUCCUGCCCAGGAGUAAAUAUUAUGAGGCCAUUGGCGCUGUGGUGGAAGCUGCGCUGGGCAAGAUGUUGGAGGGUAUUACUGCUCUACCUGACAUACCGGAGGUGGAAUCGCAUAAGCUCAGCGAAUUAUGUCGCAUCCUCAAUUCGCUCGAGGGCUUGUUCGUUGAGGAUAUGGAGCAGCCAUCCUUCGUCGUGUCCUACGUUCCUUCAUGGCUCAAGUUCUCGUAUCUUUCAGAGUUGCUGGAAGCUUCCAUGGCAGACGUCACCUAUCUAUUUGAGCAGGGUGCUCUGGUCGACUUUGAGAUUGACGAGCUCGUUCGCCUCGUGGAGGCGCUGUUUGCUGCGACGCCAUUGCGCGCAACGACGAUUGAAAAGAUCCGCAGAGGACACCCGAACUUUUCCUGA